AGAGACUGUCCUAAACUCCGGUGUUCAGCUUCUGUCUGGAAAUCAGAUUUAUCUUCGAGUCUUCCUUUAUACAGGAAAAAUGCAUGUGGCAGUGGUAAUAGCGAACGUAAUACUGCUCCUGAGCAUGGGAUGGACAUCAGACUCUCUCUGCUCACCCACCAUUUUUUACAGAGACUGCUGGAUCCGUCGCUUCCCAGGUCUUCUAGUCGAUCUGGAGGAGUCUCAGAAGCUGGGAGCCCAGUUCUUGAAGUAUUAUUCUGAAAGCACCGGCCAGAAGUGCAGUAGGAGAUGCUGUCUUCGGAAGGAUGUUUCCUGUAACCUGGCUGUCUUCUACCAUGAUCCUAUUCAUGACAAUAUCAACUGCCUCCAUAUUCACUGCCCAACACUGGAGAGCUGCAUGUUACAGCCUGGAACCAGUGCCAUUUUGUACAACAUAACAGAUGGUAUAGAUCCGGAUUUGCUGGUUUUUGAUCAAUCUCCCAUGUAUCUAAAUACUCAUUCUUCAUCCAGUAGAUGGGACAGACUAAGGAUUCUAAAAGCUGUAAAUUUAGAUAAACCACAAACCACUGUGAUAAACCAUAUGCUGCCAUCCACAGAGGCUCCACCCUCAACCACACAUCAAGAUUUGGUUGUAAACACAAACAGUACCGGCUAUUCCAAAGAAUUAACCACAGAUUUUGGGGCAAGAUUCACUUCCCUGAAUGACUCCAUUACAAAGGUAAAUAUGGUGUCACCAAGUUCUGAUGUCAUCAGCAAUCCAGAUAAUAAGACGAUUUCUCCUUUCUUUGUACCCACAGACACAAAACUUUAUCAUAUGCCUGUUCCAUCCCGACUCAAUAGUAGCAAACAAUUACUGAACAAAACCAAAGGAUACAAUAGCAGAAACCACACAUCUGCAAAUGAAGAUGAGGUGUCUGUGACUUCAAGGACCUGGCUGGCUUCUGUGGCCCUUUGCACCUCUAUCAUCUUUCUGGGCUGUUGUAUAGUCAUUCUGGCAUCUGGAUGCUGUGGAAAGCAGCAGGGCCAGUAUAAACUAGGACAGAGAAAAUCAGAAUCCUAG